UAUGUUAAGGGCUCCCUGGGGCAGGGCUAUAUAACCCCAGAGGGACUGCUGCAGGCUGACUCUCUGCUACUUACCAGCCUUUCCCCCAGGAGACCGAAGACAUGGCACCCAAGAAGGCCAAGAGAAGGGCAGCAGAGGGUGGGAGCUCCAAUGUCUUCUCAAUGUUUGACCAGACUCAGAUCCAGGAGUUCAAGGAGGCCUUCACAGUAAUUGACCAGAACCGUGACGGCAUUAUUGACAAGGAAGACCUGCGGGACACCUUUGCAGCCAUGGGGCGCCUCAAUGUGAAGAAUGAGGAGCUAGAUGCCAUGAUGAAGGAAGCCAGUGGUCCCAUCAACUUCACUGUCUUCCUGACCAUGUUUGGGGAGAAGCUCAAAGGUGCUGACCCCGAGGACGUGAUCACUGGAGCCUUUAAAGUCUUGGACCCUGAGGGGAAGGGAACUAUCAAGAAGCAGUUCUUGGAGGAGCUACUUACCACCCAGUGUGACCGCUUCUCCCAGGAAGAGAUUAAGAACAUGUGGGCAGCCUUCCCUCCUGACGUGGGGGGCAACGUAGACUACAAGAACAUCUGCUACGUCAUCACGCAUGGCGACGCCAAGGACCAGGAGUAGAGGACCCUUUUAGGCCUCCACUAGCCUUCCUCUUCCUGCCAGCCUGACCUCCACCCCGAGUCCUAAUAAAAUUGAACUGGUCUUUGUUUCUUA